AUGAAGCCAAUCGGCGGUAUCGUGACCAACAAGGCCUCCGUCCCCGAUAGCUUGCGACGGCUCGAUGUAUUUACCUCCGAAGUUUUGAGCCAAUUGUGGAAGGUCUAUUUUGUAAACAGAGAUGUCGUCGAGAACGGCCGGCGAUUGGAGAACCUGUUCUGGCGGCUGUGGAGCAUCCAGCGGGACGACCGGCCAUUCACCGGGGAAGCCGUGUCGGCCAUGUUCAUGCGGAUACACCGGCAAGACGACCUGAUCCCUCGGCGAAUACGAUUCCGCAGCACACGGCCAGUCGACAUACGGACCAUGUCGGAGCGGGGCCAGCCUGCACCUCCGGGAGGUGCAGGUGCCGAUGCGCUCGUGUUGACACCCCGGAUCUCGCUCGACAUCGAGUGUCCGCCUACCCCGCCACCGAGCCCCGUUCCAAACUCGAUACAGCGCGGAUUCGCGAGCCACUCUUUCCUGUCGAAGCAACCCCAGCUCACCGAAAUUACUCUGUCGUUACAGAGGUCCCUGCACAAUCCGCCACCCUCGCCACCCGUGCCGGCCCCACAGAUGCAGGCUUCACCGCCUCCGCCAUCACCCCAGAGAUUACGACCGUCGCCAUCCCCGCGACAAUCUAACCCCAUGAUGACAUUAGACACCGUGCAAGAAUCGAAGGCCAGCGAAUGGGUAUCUACUAGCUUCAAGUCGGAAGCCUCUCAGUCGUCACACUCGUCGAAAACCAGCACCACGAAACCGGCCGCAAAAGCAGAACAGCUCCGUGCGAAACCCCGUCGCGGCGGGAAGAAGCCGACAUCAGCAGUCGGGAGAGCCAACCGUCCACGAGGACUUGCACCACCGAUGCGACGCAGCAAAAGUAGCAAUGCGGCCGAGUCACCGGUGGAGGAUGUGGUGGAAGUGGUGCCGCCGCGGUCACUACCGGUGGUCACCGAGAAGCCGGUGGAACGGGAACAGCUUAAGCCGCCGAAGCGAAAGGAGUCGGCAUCAUCCUCAGGCGGCGGCGGCUGGAUCGUCGAUCCGGACUUCCGGACAAAAUAUAUCGACAAGAAGGCCAAGCAGAAGGACAUGCUCUCGCGCGUGGUCAGGGCCCAGGCGACGACAGCGCUGUCGGGGAAUGUGGUGGCCACGGCGACUUCGUCGUGGGCCGGCGGGAAGGGGAAGGGAAAGAAUGUCCUGGUGGUCGACGAGGUCGUGCCGCUAAAGGCGGAUGAUGGCCUGCCGGUGCAGCCUGCAACUGCGCCCGUCCGUCCGGUGUUACCUAGGCAGAAGAGUCAGCUCACCAUGUUGAUUGAGAAUGCGCGGAAGCAGGAUGCGGGGGGAAGUUCGAAACGGGCGGCUGCGGGUGGGGAGUCCGCGGCUGCUGGGACAGCGAGCAAAGGGAAGGGGAAGGGGAAGGGGAGAGUGCGGUAG